AAGCACAGAAGCUCGACACCAAUGCACCACACCUGUAACCCGUCACCCAAGCACUAGACCCCUCCCACCUUCCCUCCCACCACAACCGCACCCCCGUCUCUAACAUGUCUCUUGUUUCUGGGCCCGGGCGUGCUGCCACGACGGCCAUGCCCGACAACAUGCUUCUCUUCGUCGACAAGCACGUCCGCUACAUCCAGAGCCUCGAUACUCGCAAAGACGAGCUCGAGUACUGGCUCACUGAGCACUUGCGCCUCAACGGCCUCUACUGGGGGCUGACGGCCCUGCACCUCCUCGGCCAUCCCCAUGCCCUUCCUAGGGCUGGCAUUCUGGACUUUGUAUUCUCCUGCUUGCACCCUGACGGUGGCUUCGGUGCUGCCCCCGGCCACGAUGCACACAUGCUCUACACUGUGAGUGCCGUCCAGAUACUGGCCACGCUAGACGCUUUUGCCGAGCUUGACGAGCGCAUCCCCGGCGGCCGCCACAAGGUUGGACAGUUCAUUGCAAACUUGCAGGAUCCCCAAACAGGCACAUUUGCAGGUGACGAGUGGGGCGAGCAAGAUACUCGCUUCCUAUACGGUGCACUAAAUGCCCUCUCGCUCAUGGGACUGCUCAAUCUGGUCGAUGUUGCAAAAGCGGCUCAAUACGUGCAUUCGUGCGCCAACUUCGAUGGCGGCUACGGAACCAGCCCUGGCGCCGAGUCGCACGCUGGGCAGGUGUUCACGUGCGUUGGCGCACUGACCAUCGCAGGUAGACUUGACCUUGUCAACCACCAAAAGCUUGCCGCAUGGUUGAGCGAGCGACAGCUCAAGAAUGGUGGCUUGAAUGGACGGCCGGAGAAGAAGGAAGAUGUCUGCUACAGCUGGUGGGUCAUGAGCAGCAUGGCCAUGCUGGACAAGCUGCACUGGAUAGACGGCACUAAGUUGACGCAAUUCAUCUUGCAGUGCCAGGACCCGGAGCUGGGUGGCCUCGCAGAUCGCCCGGGCGACAUGGUCGAUGUCUUCCAUACCGUCUUCGGCAUUGCUGGUCUAAGUCUUCUCAAGUACCCAGGCCUUGAGGAGGUAGAUCCCGUCUACUGUAUGCCUCGAUCUGUGACUCGUAGAUGCUUAGGUAAGUGACCGGGAAUGUCAUAGAUCAAGUCUGCGCCCGACCUCUUCUCGUAUCUGCUCAGUGUGAGCUAUAAAUGUCGGCACUCACUAUGUACAUGUCACCUGUCAUUCGAUGCAUCAAGCUCUUAAGCGACUGCUUGCAUCUCUACACCAUGACAAUCCAUGUGCAUGUGUAGUCCAUUCUCCUGUCAUUGCCCUCCCGCUAUCUAAUACCUCACGGCUUCCCCAUAGGCGCUGAGACAC